AUGGCGGGAACUGGCGGUACGCGAGCGAAGACUGAGCCCACGACGCUUGAUUUCAGCAAGGAAGUUAGCUCCUCUGAAGUCGCAGCUCCGCAACCAGUUGUCAUUGACCUGACGGAAAUCUCGGAUCCGCCAGCCAUCGUGCUCAUCGACAUUGACAGCGACGAAGAGCACUGCAUAAAACUCAAGGAUAAACCAUGGACAAUGGUGAAGCUGCCGUCGCUCUUCCCACGUCAUUGCGUGCCGCCUCGCAAACGAAUCUACGCCCGACGGUACAUGUUCCGAAGCACAAACAACGAAACAUGGGGCUUCAACUUGAACCAAGACGGGACAGUCACACACGUCCUGGAGUUCCCUGGUGCCGCCGCCGCCGACUACGCAGGGUGCUGGUAG